AAUGAAAGCAAUAUAAAAUAGUUACUUUACAAAAAUAAUGAGAUACCAUAGUAUUAAAACAAAACUAUAAAUACAAACUGGCGUUCAUUGAUGUAGCAGGCCAAAUAGAAUUUUUGUGUACGUCUUAUUGUGACGUGGGUGCACGUAGCAAAACCUGGAUCGCAAUCUCAUACAUAUGUUGGCCCAUUUUUGGAGAGGACAACCCUAGAUCGUGUUUUUAUUUUAUUUACCUGUUGUUGCUUGUUUAUUUGUGCAAUGCAACAUUAACAUUUCUCAAAUAGCUAAGCAAACUGCAAUAUGUACACAUUGCUGCACGGCUUUUACAAAUACCUCACACAAAAAGAUGAGUACUGUGUCGUCAUUCUGGGCCUGGACAAUGCGGGCAAAACGACCUAUUUGGAGGCGGCCAAAACGAAAUUCACCAAGAACUACAAGGGCCUAAAUCCAGCUAAAAUCACAACGACAGUGGGUCUCAACAUUGGCACCAUCGAUGUGCAGGGCGUGCGUCUGAAUUUCUGGGACCUGGGUGGCCAACAGGAGUUGCAGUCGCUGUGGGACAAAUACUACCAAGAGUCGCAUGGCGUUAUUUAUGUGAUAGACUCCAACGAUCGCGAACGCAUGGACGAGUCCAAAAUCAUUUUCGAUAAAAUGAUCAAAAAUGAGCUGCUGUCCGGCGUGCCGCUUCUGAUACUGGCCAACAAACAGGAUCUGCCUGAUGUGAUGGGCGUACGCGAAAUCAAGCCUGUAUUCCAACAGGCUGGUGCGCUAAUUGGACGCCGUGAUUGCCUUACGAUACCAGUCUCAGCGCUGACAGGCGAAGGCGUCGACGAGGGCAUCAAAUGGCUGGUGGAGGCGAUUAAGCGGCAUUCGUUAGUGCGUCCGCCGCGCGAAAACGAUUGAGCUGCAUGAAACGAGAAUGAAAUGCAACGAAUUAAUUCCAGAACAGAACACAGAACAGUGACAAACGUUGUACAAUAGCUUCUUGGCUUUAGGUAGACGAUAGCAUUAAGCAUGUAUCAAAUACAUAACACACAUUUUAAUCAAAGGAUAAUCAAA